UAUAGCUGGUACAGUGGUUUUCAGGAUUGACUUUUUUUUUUAUCUUCAAACAAUUUUUGUUUUCGAUUGAUUUUAUUAAUUGUUAGGUUUCGACGGUCAAUUCUAUUAUUUCCAUCUGCGUUCUUUAGAGGCUUAGGGUGCUUUCGGAAAUGGCCAGCCCCUCGCCAAGUUCGAUGGGACCUCCGGGGCCUAACCAUCAACCGCCGCCUCCGACACAACCACAACAACCACAACAACAACAACAGCAGCAACAACAACAACAUCAACAACAACAGCACCAACAGCAGCAGCAACAACAACAACAACACCAACAACAACAGCCGCCUCAAGUUCAACAGCAACAGCCACCUACCGYUCCUCAGCCACUGCCKCCACAAAAUUAUUCUCCAGGCCAGUCGGGUGCGCCGGCAUCUCCUAACAUGCAGCAAGGCACACAAACAUUUCCACCUCCAGGCAUUCAAGUAGAUACAAAUUUCAAUUACUCAGUACAUGACCUCAUUGAAAAUAAUAAAUAAUUUGUUUUACCUAAAA